AAGGGAACGACGACUCUCUAUUGUCUUCCCCUUCAAGCAACCCGCUUCUACGAUCCUUUCUCCCCAAGCAACCCAAUCAAAUACUAUAAGAAACCACUCUCAAUUUUCUUCUUUUCAACUAAAAAAUCAUGAAAGAAAAAGAAAAACACAUUGAAUCCGUAAACUUGGGAGAUCUUAAAUCGGCAAAAGUGCUGGGCAGAGGCGCGACGGGAACCGCCUUUCUGGUUCAUCGCAAAGAAAGGAAUCAACAUUUUGCAUUGAAAGUGGUUGAGAAAACGAACAUCAAACAUGUGCGUUCGGAACUGGAGAUCCUCAGGGUUUUGAGGCACCCUCUGUUGCCAAGGUUGGAGGGAAUUGUGGUGACAGAGAGGGUGGUGGGCUAUCUAAUCAACUACUGUCCUGGCGGCCAUCUCAACCUUCUCAGAAUGCAGCAAACUGAAUCCAUGUUUUCGGAUCGCAUCAUCCGGUUUUAUGCAGCAGAGUUGGUUCUUUGCUUGGAGUAUCUUCAUGGCUUAGGCAUUGUGUAUAGGGACCUAAAGCCCGAGAACAUCUUAAUCCAAGAAGAUGGUCAUCUCAUGCUUACUGAUUUCGAUCUCUCCAUCACUCUCACUCCUCAGAUCCCACAAAAUGAGAUUAAUGAUCCAUCCCCUAUGGCCACCAUAUGCAGAAGAAGAAGCAAAAGGCGAAAACUGAAAUUUGGUUUUCUUGGAUCUGCGGCGUUAUGUGGUAGCAGGCCGAUACAGGAACAUGAAGAUGAGUAUCCGUCUUCCUCUUCCUCUUCAUCAGCCGGUAGUAGUGGUGGUUAUUUCAAGCGAGCAAACUCGUUUGUGGGUACUGCAGAGUAUGUGGCGCCGGAAGUGGUGAAUGGAAGCGGGCACGAUUUUGGGGCAGACUGGUGGAGCUUGGGUGUGGUCCUCUACGAAAUGCUGUAUGGCAGGACACCUUUCAAGGGGCACAACAGGGAGGACACUUUCCGCCGGAUUCUUACUCAGCAACCCGACCUGACAGGAACUGAGACGCCAUUGAGGGAUCUGAUACGGCGUCUGUUGGAAAACAAGAGAGACAAACGGAUCGGACUGGAGAGAAUUAAGGGACACCAGUUCUUCAGGGGAGUCGAUUGGCACUCGCUUCUCGAUGUAUGCCGACCACCAUGGAUUCCGAUUCAUGUAGAUUUCGAUACUGAGAUGGGAGGCGAGGAGACGGCAAUAGAUUUAGUGGGAUUAGUGGUGGGGGCCUCCAUCCAUGUGAAGGGAGAGGAGGAGAAGAGGUGCAAGGAAGAGAGGGAAACGAAGUGGUUGCAGGAGAAGGUUUCCAAGGCACAUUGCGACCGCCAAAUAACCCUUUGCUGUCAGGCUCCUAUAAUGUCUAGGACGUUCUCGAAGUAAUGGACGACUGCACGUUGGGGCGCAGAUGGACGAGCACGCAGUUGGGUACGGAUAGACCGACGUACGUUGACAGUGCGAGAGGAUAAGUGCACUGUCAAACGCGGAUUGACCAACGCUUAUUGAGAGUGCGGGUGGAUGAGAGCAUUGUCGAGCGCAAGUAGACCGACACACGUUGAGAGCGCAGGUGGAUGAGAGUGCUGCUGGAUGCGGAUUGACGGGUGCGCCUUAGAGUGCGGGUGGAGAAGCGGCGGUUGAGCGUGGGUGCUGUAUGGUGGUUUAAAGUAU